UGGUAAACAAAAAAUAAAGAAGAAUAAGAAUAAUGUAAUGUAAAUAGGGAGAGCCGGAAGGAAGUCAGCGAAAUCAAAGCAACGCCUGCCUAGACUUUGUUUUCUGCCAGUAGCAGAAGGUAGAAGCAAAGUCACGAACAAUUAAGGAAAGGCAAAUAACACGAGCAUAAAAUGAUAAAGGAAGUCAAGUUUUAAAUGCGGCAGGAAAUGAAACGAAAGACCAAACACGACAACCACACACUACAGGGAAUCGAGUACGAGUAGCAGCACUCAAACUGACAAUAAAACCAACAGCAACAACAACAAAAACAACAACAACAACGACUGUUGGCUAACAAGUUGUUGUUGUCAUUGAGCACGACACACAGCUUUAGAAUGAAAUGGAGAUGCAAAGAGAGGCUGGUCAUGGACCAAGAACAGCAGCAACGACAGAAGCAACAGAAGCAACAGAAGCAACAGAAGCAACAACAACAACAUUCACAUUUACCACACGCGACUUCAACUGUCGUGUGGCACAAACACAACAGCCGCACAAACUUUGGCAGCCUUUCAUUAAGUGCGAGGCAACCGAAAAGAACCAUAGUCCAGACGAUAACAGCAACAACUUUAACAACAGCAACAGCACAACAACAUUCCAAUGUACCUUGCAAGCAUUUGAUAAACACGAGGAGAAAGCAUUUUAUGCAUGUAACACUUUCAGUCAGGAGACGGAGCAGAUGGAGGAGACGGCAUCCAGAUACACGUCCUGUGCGAUAGAGACGCAACUGUUGAGGCCGCCACACGAGGCGUAUGCGCAAUUUCAACUGGCCAUCAAUGAGGCCGUUAGUGAUAAUGUGAGUGAUACGCUUAGUUUUAAUGCCUGCAGCUGCAAUCGGCAACGUCUGCUCUGUGAGGAGGACAACCAAACGUUGCUUUGCCAACUGCAGCAGGAGUUGGAGGCAAAUAAUUUUCCGAGCUCGAGCCCGAGUCUAAAUUCCAGUGCGACAACAGUGUUCGACUAUCACACUGAACCGGGCGAUGUCCUGUGGUCUUGGCUGAACUUAACCGAACUGGCCGACAGUGUCACUGGCCUUGGCAACGAGAGUGUCAGCAAUAUAACCACCAGCUUGGACAUGAUACUGUCCAACUACACGCUCAGCGACACGGCUCUAACCACGACAACGACUGCAGCAGCAACAGACACUGGCAGCGACAUUGUCAUAACCAGAAGUUUUCUAGACUACACGCCACAUGGCUACGAUUGGCUUUUCCUCUUCGUGGUCUUUUUUAUAUUCGCUGGAGGUCUGGGCAAUAUACUUGUCUGUCUGGCUGUCGCUUUGGAUCGUAAGCUGCAAAAUGUCACCAACUAUUUUCUUUUCUCGCUGGCCAUUGCCGAUCUGCUCGUCAGUUUGUUUGUCAUGCCCAUGGGCGCCAUUCCAGCAUUUCUAGGAUAUUGGCCACUUGGAUUUACGUGGUGCAAUGUCUAUGUCACCUGCGAUGUGCUCGCCUGCUCAUCGAGCAUAUUGCACAUGUGCUUCAUCAGUCUAGGUCGAUAUAUGGGCAUUCGGAAUCCAUUGGGCUCGAGACAUCGUUCUACAAAGCGUUUGGCCGGCAUUAAGAUAGCCAUUGUCUGGGCCAUGGCCAUGUUGGUGUCCAGUUCAAUAACGGUGCUGGGUCUGGUGAAUGAGAAGAACAUUAUGCCACAGCCGAAUGUGUGUGUGAUUAACAAUCGGGCAUUCUUUGUCUUUGGCUCACUGGUGGCAUUCUAUAUACCGAUGCUGAUGAUGGUAUCCACAUACGCACUCACCAUUCCUCUGCUCCGAAAGAAGGCACGAUUCGCAGCCGAGCAUCCGGAGAGCGAGCUCUUCCGUCGACUGGGAGGCCGUUUCACAAUACGACCACAGCACAGUCAGCAACAGUUGCAGAUGCACAGCAUUUUCAACAGCAAUAAUUACGGCAACAACAAAUGUCUCGCAAUGGGAGAUAGCAAUCGUAACUUAAACAAUGACUCCACUGGAGCGGGAGCAAGAACAAGACAUGCUGGUGGUUGUGUUGAUGCUGCUGCUGCUGCUGCUGCUGCCACUGCUGGUGGCAACAACAAUGAGCCCGCGGAAAGGCCAUUGAUGCAGCAACGAACAACGAACAACCGAAGCAUCGGCAGCGUCAGUUUUCGCAAUGGAGGCAACGGAAAUGUGACUAAUAUUGGGCGCAGUAGUUUCCGUUUUGCCGGCGGCGGAAUCUUGCGACAAUCCUCAACGCCGACUCCGGGAACAUCCACUACAUCCACAUCGUUCUCAUCGUGUGGCAAGACGCAAACGAGCAGCUUCUGGCGCAAACACAGCGGCAAUCCCAAUUUCAUGGACAGUCAUCCAAAUCGACGGUCCUCGGUGCGAGUGAGCGUCUCCCAGCCACAAUUGGGUUACACAACAAAUGGAAAUGGUGGCGGCAGCAGCAGAGAUGUUGGGGGAGGAGGCGAAGCACGUGGAGGCGUAACAGGUGCGACAACGAGCUGCACAAAUGCUUUAGGCAGCAGCAGCAUUGGCUCCAGCAGAAUCAGCAUAGCUACCAUACAGAGCCAGAGCAAUCAUCCUUUGGAGCAGGUGACGACGACAACAUUGUCAACGACGGCGGCAACAGCGAGGGCGAAUGAGGAGAGACGCCACAAGCUGCGUCCUUUAAAGAUUGCUUUAAAUCGUGUUGCCACGCCCACACUCAAUUUGCGCUUUCUCAACAGCCGCACCAAACGCAACAGUCUCUCAGCGAAUGCUGUGGCCACGGAGCAGAAGGCCACAAAGGUGUUGGGUCUGGUCUUCUUUACAUUUGUGCUUUGCUGGUCGCCUUUCUUCAUACUGAACAUCAUCUUUGCCGCCUGUCCCGAGUGCCAGGUGCCUGAACAUGUGGUCAAUACUUGCCUUUGGUUGGGCUAUGUCUCCUCAACGAUCAAUCCGAUCAUUUAUACCAUCUUCAAUCGCACAUUUCGGGCAGCCUUCAUUCGUCUCCUAAAAUGCAACUGUGAGCGGUCGGGUCGUCCUUUGCGCUAUCGCUCCGUGACCGAGGGAAGGAGCGCACUUAGCCUGUGUGCCCCCUCGGCCCUUCCGCUGGCCAUCUCCUUCCAGGGUGCUCCACUGAUGACACCAUCAACGACAAAUGCGACCCCGCUGAGUGAGUUCCGGGGCGGUUAUACAAUCACAGAUGACGAGUGCUGAACAAGCCGAACACGAAUUUAUGGGCCACGCUAAUAAAACACUGCAAAUAAUCAAAUAAUAAUUGGGAAAGGAGAUCAAAAAGCGGCAAUCUUCAAACUGCACUUUUAAGUGCGUAAUCAAAUGCAAACUACAGGGUGAUUCAUUCAAAAUAAUCAAAGAAAGUUCGAUAAAAAUAAUUGAUAACUACAUAGCCUAGACAAACAUAUUUAUACUUAGAUAAAUCCUUCAUAUCAUUAGCAUGAGAGUGCGAGAUAUUGUGUGUAUUUGUAUUAGCUAUUAGGUGUGACUGUACCUGUCAUUUCGCAUGCCGCCAUUUUGUAGCUCUAAGCAAACUCAACUGUAAUUAAAACCUUAGCAUUUUCGAAAAAAAAAAACGAAACCGAAACUAUGAAUAGUAAAACUAUUUUGAAUACUAUAUAGAAUUAGUUUAAGCUAUGCUGCUUUCUAAGGCGUAGUUGUGUAAGUGUUUGUUAUUAACUUCUAGCUGUGUUUUUUAGUCACUCGAAUUAGUUGGAGCUCUACUGAAAAUAGAAUUUAUUACGAUAUGUGUAUAACCUAAGAGAAUUCCCAAAAACUGUCUGAAAUCCAAUGAUAAAAUUCUAUAAUUUCAUUCAAUGUUAGUGUAUAAGCUAACUACUAUAAGCUAAAACUACUUGAGUAUUUUGUUGAAACGUCAACAUAUUCUAUAAGUUAAUGAAUAAAUUAAAUUGCUCAAUAAACUACUUAACAAGAGGCAUGUCCUGUUGCUAUAUUCUAUAA